AUGCUUUUGAUGGGUAGCGUAUUACAUGACAGUGCAGUAGAGGACAGACAAAAAGCCCAAUUAAUUGGCGAAGCAUCUAAGGCCCAGGGCGAACUUUGUGUUUUAACUCUGGCUGGCGGGGCUGGUUCUAGACUUGGUUUUGAUGGUCCAAAAGGUGCUUUUGAAAUUGUAGCGAAAGGAAGGAAGGCUUCUCUCUUCCAAAGACAGAAAGAAAAGGUAGGGGGAAUGCCUUGGCUUAUCAUGGUCUCGCCUAGUACUCGUGCAGCUACUAUAGCUCAUUUUCAAGACCGAGUUCUGAGUGGUUCAGAAACAGUCUUUCUUAUUGAGCAGGAAGAGGCGGAAGCACUUACACUGGACGGACAGGUUCUGAAAGGACUGGAUGGCAAGCCUGUUCUGGCUGCUAAUGGGAAUGGCUCAGUCUUUGUAACACUGCAGAAGAAAGGAUAUACUGUUCUUUCGGCGAGUGAAGUGCGCUCUGAAUCUGAGUGUAUCUUAAAGGUCUUGGAACGCGCUGGCAUUAUCUACAUGAACAUUAUUUCCAUUGAUAAUGUCUUAGUUCGGAUUGGGGAUCCAAUUAUGCUUGGUUGGAUGGCUAGUGAGCACCUUCAGGUAGUAUCAGCCGCCGUGCCUAUUCCAGCUGGGGCUAGUAUGGGUGUCUUCAUGCCGAGUCAAGAUGCCCAAGGCCAGGAAAGCGUCAAAAUAUGCGAAUAUACCGACCAACCACAAGGCGAAGUUCUUAAAGGAUCGAAUGGAGCUCCAUUAGGCAACAUUGCCAACCAUAUCGUUCGGAUUGACUAUCUCAAAAGUAUUGAUAGUUCCUAUCUUCCCUACCACCAGGCCCACAAGAAAAUUCCCUGUGCCGACAAUCCCAACCCGACCGAGCCCAAUGCCAUUAAGCAAGAGCUCUUUAUCUUUGACGGCUUCAACUUAGCCAGCAAGCAUGGAGUUGUCGAGUACACCGAACCGGUCUAUCAAGGACUCAAAAACAAGGAGGGCCCGGCCGACAGCAUUGCCACUUGCACCGAAGCACUCAACAACCAAUAA